AAAACUCGGCGAGAUCUUGAUGAAAUUCCCUUCCUUCUUGUUCAAUAACAAGAUUUAGGACUUAGAACACUCUCCUAAACCCAGAAAUUUCCAGAUCUGCGCUGUCUUCUUCCCCUCUAUCCGCCGGCCUCUGCUGUGUGGGGUUGAGUUCGGUUUCCUGUCGCGAGUUCCACUGCAGAAUUGCCGCUGGCCUCUUUCCCCCGCCAGGUCCUGUUCUGCAGCUGGAAAAAUUCUGGAAGCGAAACCGAGGACGAGGAAACCACAGGAAGUGACGAGUUAGAAGGGUAGCCAUUUCGAGAUUGAUAUAGAUUUUAGAAAUAAAUCAUGCUUUUAUAAGAUAAAUUUUACCUUGAAUUUAUGAGAUCAAAACAGAUUUUGGUCAUUAGAUCAAUUACUUGGAUUUAAGUUAUUGGAUUGUUAGAUGUGAAUGGGAUAAGUUUCGAACCUUGUGCAUUUAUAGGACCCUCUCACAAGUGUACGGCGUCUGUUGCGUCCUCAUAUUUAGGUUCUAGGGCGUGACCAGUACACUAGUGAUGAUGCAACAAUGAAGGAGGACAUUGAAGAGCGUAAUUUGGAGGCUGAGUUGGAUGCUGAGUUUACUAUGCUUGAUCUUGAGUUAGAUGCUCAGCUGGAGGAGGAGCUAUCACGUGCUGUCCUGAAGACAGGACGUGGCAUGGAUAAAGGAGAUGACGCUCCUGCAGACCCGAGUCAAAGGAAAGGCUUAGCCUUAAUCACCGAGGCACAUUCAGCCAUAUGAGGUUUGGGAGGAUUGCCACAGUAAUUUGGAAGUACUUGUAUGAUGAGCCAGUGCUUUUUUGGUCUAGCUGGCCUGAGGAAAAGAAGAGAGUUGCUUGGGAGAAUUUCGAGAGGACAUUAUUGGGAAGAAGGUGAUGCUCAUGUGUAUAAAAUUUGGAGAUUACAUUAUUGGAACCAUUUUCGAGAUGAGCUUCAACGAGCUUGAAAGGCAUGGGUCAAGGACAAGAAGUUGCCUAAGUUCAUGCAUAAGGAUACCUUUAAAAUUUUGUUGGCAAAAUGGAGGAGUCCAAAAUAUAUUGCACUCCAGGAAAGAGAUCGGCAAAACCAAGCAAAGGGUGACUGUGUGACCCAUACAAUUGGAUGCCUUUCUAUUGGGAUCCAUGAGGAUUGACUGGCAGCUAAAAAAGGAGUUAGGCCGACACCUUUAUAGUCGUACUUGUUGACUUACACAACUCGCCGACCUGAUGCUCUAGAAGAUGCCCCACCCACUUGGAUAUGUCCAUAGGCUGAGCAAACAUAUCAUCGGCCAAACAAGGAUUCGUGGCCAGAAUAGGAUCCAUUUAUCUGGAAUGAGGUGGUUGGACCUCCUAAAAAGGGUCAGAUGAGAGGGAUGUCUACAUUAUAGGAUCCAGCAAAGCAUGGCAUCCCUUGGCGACGAUAUGACAUGAGUGACGCCUUCUCUUCUACCACCAGGAUUCUUACAACACAAGUCCAGCUAUUGCAGUGUAAUACCCCAAAAUUUUUGGAGUUUUCAAGUGUGAGUUAGGGACCUAAUUGUGAAGAAGUAUUAUUAAUGAACUUAAUAGUAAAUU